AUGGCUCAAGUAGCAGUGUCCACGCUGCCUGUUGAAGAUGAGGAGUCCUCAGAGAGCAGGAUGGUGGUGACAUUUCUCAUGUCGGCUCUUGAGUCCAUGUGUAAAGAACUGGCCAAGUCCAAGGCAGAAGUGGCCUGCAUUGCAGUAUAUGAAACAGAUGUGUUUGUUGUUGGAACCGAAAGAGGACGUGCUUUUGUCAAUACCAGAAAGGAUUUUCAAAAAGAUUUCGUAAAAUACUGUGUUGAAGAAGAAGAAAAGGCUGCAGAGAUGCAUAAAAUGAAAUCUACAACCCCGGCGAAUCGGAUGAGUGUAGAUGCUGUAGAAAUUGAAACACUCAGAAAAACAGUUGAGGACUAUUUCUGCUUUUGCUAUGGGAAAGCUUUAGGCAAAUCCACAGUGGUACCCAUUCCAUAUGAGAAGAUGCUACGAGACCAGGGGGCUGUGGUAGUGCAGGGGCUUCCGGAAGGAGUUACCUUUAAACACCCUGAGAAUUAUGAUCUUGCAACCCUGAAAUGGAUUUUGGAGAACAAAGCAGGGAUUUCAUUUAUCAUUAAGAGACCUUUCCUAGAGCCAAAGAAGCACCUUGGUGGUCGUGUGAUGGUAACAGAUGCUGAAAGGUCAAUACUAUCCCAAGGCGGAAGUUGUGGCCCCAUCAAAGUGAAAACUGAACCCACAGAGGAUUCUGGCAUUUCCCUGGAAAUGGCAGCUGUGACAGUAAAGGAAGAAUCAGAAGAUCCUGAUUACUAUCAAUAUAAUAUUCAAGCAGGCCCUUCUGAAACUGAUGAUGUUGAUGAAAAGCUCCCCCUUUCGAAGUCUUUGCAAGGAAGCCAUCAUUCUUCAGAGGGCAAUGAAGGAACAGAAAUGGAAGUACCAGCAGAAGAUUCUACUCAACAUGUCCCUUCAGAAACAAGUGAGGACCCUGAAGUUGAGGUGACUAUUGAAGAUGAUGAUUAUUCUCCACCUACCAAGAGACCAAAGAGCAGUGAGCCACCGCAGCCACCAGUUACGGAACCUGCCAAUGCUGGAAAACGAAAAGUGAGGGAGUUCAACUUUGAGAAAUGGAAUGCUCGAAUUACUGAUCUACGUAAACAAGUGGAAGAGUUGUUUGAAAGAAAAUAUGCUCAAGCUAUAAAAGCCAAAGGCCCGGUGACGAUCCCAUACCCACUUUUCCAGUCUCAUGUUGAAGACCUUUAUGUAGAAGGACUUCCUGAAGGAAUUCCUUUUAGAAGACCAUCUACUUAUGGAAUUCCUCGCCUUGAGAGGAUAUUACUUGCCAAGGAAAGGAUUCGUUUUGUGAUUAAGAAACAUGAACUUCUGAAUUCAACACGUGAAGAUUUACAGCUUGAUAAACCAGCUUCAGGAGUAAAGGAAGAGUGGUAUGCCAGAAUCACUAAAUUAAGAAAAAUGGUAGAUCAGCUUUUCUGCAAAAAGUUUGCUGAAGCCUUGGGGAGCACUGAAGCCAAGGCUGUACCAUACCAGAAAUUUGAGGCACAUCCUAAUGAUCUCUAUGUUGAAGGACUACCAGAAAACAUUCCUUUUAGAAGUCCCUCAUGGUACGGAAUACCAAGGCUGGAAAAAAUCAUUCAAGUCGGCAAUCGAAUCAAAUUUGUUAUUAAAAGACCAGAACUUCUGACUCACAGUACAACUGAAGUUACUCAGCCGAGAACGAAUACACCAGUCAAAGAAGAUUGGAAUGUCAGAAUUACCAAGCUACGGAAGCAAGUGGAAGAGAUUUUUAAUUUGAAAUUUGCUCAAGCUCUUGGACUUACUGAGGCAGUAAAAGUACCAUAUCCUGUGUUCGAAUCAAAUCCCGAGUUCCUUUAUGUAGAAGGCUUGCCAGAAGGAAUUCCCUUUCGAAGCCCUACCUGGUUUGGAAUUCCACGACUUGAAAGGAUUGUCCGUGGGAGUAAUAAAAUCAAGUUUGUUGUUAAAAAACCUGAACUAGUUGUUUCCUACUUGCCUCCUGGAAUGGCUAGUAAAAUAAACACUAAAGCAUUGCAGUCUCCAAAAAGACCACGAAGCCCUGGGAGUAAUUCAAAGGUUCCUGAAAUUGAGGUCACUGUCGAAGGUCCUAAUAACAACAGUCCUCAAACCUCAACUGUUCGAACCCCUACCCAGACUAAUGGUUCUAAUGUUCCCUUCAAGCCUCGAGGGAGAGAAUUUUCCUUUGAGGCCUGGAAUGCCAAAAUCACGGACCUAAAACAGAAAGUUGAAAAUCUUUUCAAUGAAAAAUGCGGCGAAGCUCUUGGCCUUAAACAGGCUGUGAAAGUGCCAUUUGCAUUAUUUGAAUCUUUCCCAGAAGAUUUUUAUGUGGAAGGCCUACCUGAGGGUGUGCCAUUCCGAAGACCAUCCACUUUCGGCAUUCCGAGGCUGGAGAAGAUACUCAGAAACAAGGCCAAAAUUAAGUUCAUUAUUAAAAAGCCUGAAAUGUUUGAGACGGCAAUUAAGGAGAGCACCUCCUCUAAGAGCCCUCCAAGAAAAAUAAAUUCAUCACCCAAUGUUAAUACUACUGCAUCAGGUGUUGAAGAUCUUAACAUCAUUCAGGUGACAAUUCCAGACGAUGAUAAUGAAAGACUGUCAAAAGUUGAAAAAGCUAGACAGCUAAGAGAACAAGUGAAUGACCUCUUCAGUCGAAAAUUUGGUGAAGCUAUUGGGAUGGGUUUUCCCGUGAAAGUUCCCUACAGGAAAAUCACAAUCAACCCUGGCUGUGUGGUGGUUGAUGGCAUGCCCCCUGGGAUAUCAUUCAAAGCCCCUAGUUACCUGGAAAUUAGCUCCAUGAGAAGGAUCUUAGAUUCUGCUGAGUUUAUCAAAUUCACAGUCAUUAGACCAUUUCCAGGACUUGUGAUUAAUAACCAAUUGGUUGAUCAGAAUGAGUCAGAAGGCCCAGUGAUACAAGAAUCAGCUGAGCCAAGCCAGUUGGAGGUUCCAGCGACAGAAGAAAUAAAAGAGACUGAUGGAAGCUCUCAGAUCAAGCAAGAACCAGACCCCACGUGGUAGACCUGCUCCCUCCUAGGCUUAAAGUAUCAGUGGUUGAGAAGAGCUUUUUGGACCUGUUACCACCCCAAGCUGUGUAAUAUACUUGUAUAACAGAAAUACCUUCUAUACAAACCUUUUUUUCUACUUUUAGAUAGAAAUGUCUACUUUUUCAGCAGUUCUGUGAAUUGAAUUAAAGAGCAGAGUGACUGUAGAUGUGGAAUGGCUGGUUUACUUUGGAAUGUAUUAUAAAGAUUUUACAGCAAUGCUGGAAAAAUGACAGGGAAAACGACAGGGAUGAAUCUCAUCGGAUUUUUUACAUAUUCAGCAGAGCCUUCAGCUGUGGUGUUUAUUUUCCAAUCAAGUGAAGAUAUCUCCUGCUGGAACAUCUCAGCUUCUGCAGUGGAGAAAAUUCCUGUGAUAGUUCAGUUCUUUAGGUUUUCUAUUUGAAAAAUCAUUUAAAUGAUCCUUUGUUCACAGCUCUCCUUAAUGACUGAGUGAACAAUUAGUAUCUGUAUAUUUGACUAAACCUUUUCCUAAGCUAUCUAUCAUGAUUCAUAUGUUUUUUAUCAUAAUUAAAAGAAAAACCCUCUGGAUCACCUAACAGUCAGAGGUCAGUAUCUCAGCGUGUGGAUUAUAGGCGAAAUACAGAGAACCUGUACCACUUUUACUUUUCGUCCAAAUAAAAUGCACGGUGUACCAGAAGUUGAAGAUCAGGUAUGAGUACUUGGGCACGCUAGACGACACUAAAGCCCCUCAGUCACGUAUACGACCUGUCAUGUUGUGGAAUUCUUUGGCACAUGUACCAGCUUGGAUCAGGCUCGAGGGGUUGUCAUUGCCUGCACCAUUUCCUAAUUCUACUUGUCACAUUGAGGCCCCAGUGUGGAGAGUGAUGGGUCGGUAAGCUGAUUAUGCACCCUCUGAUGUUCUGCGCCAUUUUAGGAGAAUCUUACAUGUGUUGAGAUUUCGCAAACAAUUAAUUGUAAAAUAACCAGCUGUAUGAAAAGCUGGAGUAUGUGAUGACAUAGAAUUUUCAUUUCCUCUCUCACAAUAUUCACAAUGGAGAGUUAUAUUACAUGGUAGCAGAAAUAGGCAUUUUUAUGUGUUGCUUAUAUUUUACCUCAAAUUAAAUUGUAGAUAUAGGGUAAUAAAUAAAAUCCAUCCAUGCCUUUCACACACUAA